AUGAUGCACUCUGCUUUCUUUUUUUCCCUGCUUGCCGGUACGGCUUUUGCUCAGUAUGGCGAUAACAGCUACAACGCCCCUGCUGGAGGCUCGAAGCCUGCUCCCUCCGUUACAACGCCUGCUGGGUACGGCACGCCCGUCCCGAACCCGAUUGCGUCCCUGGUGCCCAUAGUACCCAUCGUCUCUGUUAUUACAUCCGCCCUCGGAGCUAUACCCUCAGGAUUCCUUCCCGACAAUGAUCUGCCGAACCCUUUCAAGUCCAUCUACAUCCCGGCGUCCCAGCUGUUCAACCCUGCUAUCGCACCUGCGUUCACCGAAACUGCCGCGGUCCCUCUUCUGUCCCUCUUGCCGGUCUACUCUACCGCAUCCAGCUCGUCCGUUGUCGAGCCUACCGGCUCUGCUGAAUACCCGGUAGCUCCUCCUACCGUCAAGCCAUCCAAGCCUGCAACCUCCACGACUUGCACCGAGAGCAAGGCCCAGAGCACCCGCGUACCCCUUGACGCUACCCGUUCAUCGGCUGCCCCUCAGAAGCCUACCGGCGCAAGCUCGGCAGCUACCUCUACCGUUUCGACACCCAAACCUGCGACCUCCACAUCUUGCACCAAAAGCAAGGCUCAAAGCACUCGCGUGCCCCUUGACGCUACCGCUUCGUCGCCUCUCCCUCAGCGUCCUACCGGUACAGGCUCAGCAGUAGCCUACCCCACCGGCACUGGCAUGCGUCCCUCUGGCAACACACGCCCAGACUACUUCCACAACGGAAACCGUCCCCAAGGUGGCUUUGGCUGGGGCCGCCCAAGGCCUUCUGGCAAGUGGCCUCACGCCUACCCCAAGCCUACCCAUGCUGCCCAUCGCCCCACCAAGCCUUCUGCUGCUCAGGGAUACGGAGGUGUUAAGGCCAGCAGCACGCCUUGCACUUUGGAGACUAGGGUCAGGCCCAAGGCGACCCCCGCCCCUGCUAACUACUAG